AUGAUUGUCUGGGGGAAAUUGUUGAAGAAUAAGGACGACAGCAUUGAAGUAGAUAAAUUCACACACAAUUCCAGCUUCAACUGCAGUAUGAAAAACCUCUGGAGUUUCCCAAAGCCAGCAAAAGAGUAUGACUUGGCGUCUCGAUUCAUGCAAAAAUUAGAAAUUUUUAUUCCAAUUAUAAUAAAUACUAUUUUAUAUAGCAAAUAACAGCCAGAAUUUCUUUUUAUUAUAAAUAGAUAUAAAUCUUUCAAGCCCAUUUCAAUCGAACCCGAAACAAAAUCGUCCGACGAGGAAGAAAACCACGCGAUUUUACUGGCAAAUCUAGCUGAAUCGACACCGAAAAAAAGAUUUAGGGAAGAAACAAGUAGGAAGAAGACUUGUUGUAAUUGCCACAAAUCAAAAUGCCUCAAGCUGUAUUGUGAAUGCUUUGCUGCAAGAGAGUAUUGCUCUGGAUGCAGCUGUGUGGGAUGCCACAACACAGAAAGCCAAGAAAACGCGAGGAGACGGGCAAUUAAUGGAAUAUUAGAACGAAACCCCAACGCUUUUAAACCAAAGUUUAAAGCUGUUUCAGUGGAAGGAGAAGUGAGGUCUAUACACAACAGAGGCUGCCAUUGCAGCAAGUCAGGCUGCUUGAAGAAGUACUGUGAGUGUUAUCAGAAUGGAAAUGCGUGUUCUGAUAUAUGCCAGUGUUCAGGCUGCAAAAACCAGCAUAACUCCAAAGAUAGUUUAGAAAACUUUAACUAA